AUUGAAAACAGCGCAAGCCCCGCCUCGUGCCCCUCUCUCUCCCCUUUGGCCAAGAUGGCGGCGGCCACCGGGCCCUGUCUGGGCGUGGAGGAGCUGGGCCUGCUGGAGAUGUCCCUGGGCCUCAAGAAGGGCAACAAAUACAGCGGGCAAGGCGAGCGGAAGACACCUGUCCUUCAGAUGAACAGUGGGCCCAGUUUGACCGGACUGACAACCAUUGCCAUCCAUCUGGUAAAACAAGCCAAGAAGGAUCAGCUACUUGGAAGAACCGCAGAAGAGAAAGCCAUGGUUCAGCAGUGGCUUGAAUACCGAGUAACACAAGUAGAUAAGCAGUCCAGUAAAGAACAAAUUAGAAUUAUUCUGAAGGACCUUAACUCAUACCUUGAGGACAAAGUCUACUUUACAGGAAACAAUUUUACCCUAGCAGAUAUUUUGCUGUACUAUGGAUUGCACCACAUAAUAGCUGACCUUACUGUGCAGGAGAAGGAGAAAUAUCUUAAUGUGUCUCGUUGGUUUAAUCAUAUCCAGCAUUUCCCAGGUAUCCGGCAACAUCUGUCUAGCAUAGUCUUCAUCAAGAACAGACUCUAUAAUACACAUUAAGUCUCAUGUUUGGAAUUCUGGAGAAAAGAUAACCGUCUUUUGGGAGCACUAAUGCAUGCAAGCAUUGGUUUCUGUCAUUUCCAUAUGUGAAGCUGAGCAGUUGGUGCCUAAAGUCAUAGAAUUGCAUUGAGUAGCUAUUUAGAAAUAUGGACUUCAUUAAAACAAUUGUUUGGCAAAUUUCAACAAGUAAAAUGUGAAUCAAGCUUCUUAAAGUAGAACAUUUGCUUUAAUCAUAGAGACAUAUAUAGGAGUUUAGCUUUUAUUGUAUGGAAACAUAGGAAUUUACUGCAAAUAUGUCAUGCUGUCGUGUUUGUCUGAAUUGUACCAUACAUAGUACACCUUCCCAUUUUAUCCUGUGGAUGUUUACACUAGUUUUGUAAAAGUUACAAGGAAAUUCUAUUGUGCCAAGUAUUUUGAAAAAGAGAAGACAGAUGUAUUGGAAGCAAAUAUUUAUGUGAUAAAUUAUUUUGAAAGCA